AUGGCACGAGCGAAGCAGACUGCCCGCAAGAGUACAGGUGGGAAGGCUCCACGAAGGCAGUUAACUACCAAAGCGGCACGUAAAAGUGCACCAGCAACGGGUGGUGUUGAGAAACCUCAUCGUUAUCGACCUGGACUAGUUGUCCUACGUGAGAUUCGUCGUUAUCAAAAAUCAACCGAACUACUGAUACGUAAACUGCCCUUCCAGCGUUUGAUGAGGGAGAUUGCCCGAGACUUCAAGACUGACCUUGGUUUCCAAAGCUCUGCUGUUUCUGCUCUUCAGGAAGCUGGCGAAACCUACCUGAUUCAAGUUAACAUUCUAUAUGAGUCAUCUCAGCAUUAG